AUGGAUUAUCAAACAUCAACUCCCCUCUAUGACAUUGAUUAUGGGAUGUCAGAGCCAUGCCAAAAAAUCAACGUGAGGCAAAUUGCAGCCCAGCUCUUGCCCCCACUCUACUCGCUGGUGUUCAUCUUUGGUUUUGUGGGUAACAUGCUGGUUGUCCUCAUCCUGAUAAACUGCAAAAAGCUGAAGAGCAUGACUGACAUCUAUCUGCUCAACUUGGCCAUCUCUGACCUACUUUUCAUCAUCACCAUCCCAUUCUGGGCUCACUAUGCUGCAGACCAGUGGGUCUUUGGAAAUACAAUGUGCCAGUUAUUCACAGGGUUCUAUUUCAUUGGUUAUUUUGGUGGAAUCUUCUUCAUCAUCCUCUUGACAAUUGAUAGGUACCUGGCUAUCGUUCAUGCUGUGUUUGCUUUAAAAGCCAGAACAGUCACCUUUGGGGCAGUGACAAGUGGGGUCACGUGGGUGGUGGCUGUGUGUGCCUCUCUCCCAGGAAUUAUCUUUACCAAAUCCCAAAAAGAAGGCUCUCGUCAUACGUGCAGCCCACAUUUCCCAUCCAGUCAGUAUCAUUUCUGGAAGAGUUUCCAAACUUUAAAGAUAGUCAUCUUGGGGCUGGUGCUGCCACUGCUUGUCAUGAUCGUCUGCUACUCGGGAAUCAUAAAAACCCUGCUCCGGUGUCGCAGCGAGAAGAAGAAGCACAAGGCUGUGAGGCUCAUCUUCGUGAUCAUGAUUGUCUACUUUCUCUUCUGGGCUCCCUACAACAUCAUCCUUCUCCUGAGCACCUUCCAGGAAUUCUUUGGCUUGAAUAACUGCAGUGACUCUAACAGGCUGGACCAAGCCAUGCAGGUGACAGAGACCCUGGGGAUGACGCACUGCUGCAUCAACCCCAUCAUCUACGCCUUCGUGGGCGAGAAGUUCCGAAACUAUCUCCUACGGUUCUUCCGAAAGUACAUCGCCAGCCGCUUCUGCAAAGGCUGUCCAGUCUUCCAGGGAGAGGCUCCAGAGCGAGUGAGUUCCGUUUACACACGAUCCACGGGAGAACAGGAAGUCUCUGUUGGCUUGUGA